UUAACCCCUGCACUGCUGGCUCCCCCGCCCCCCAGUAUAGCGGCGCCUUACACUGCCCCGUCAGGGGGUCCCUGUAGUUGGUUGUGCUGGGAUAUGAGGGUCUUCACUUGGAAAGCCAAAGGAAGUUGAGCCCCUCGUGAGCGAAGACAUGAAGAACCCCUUAUUCACGUUUGGCGUCAUCGCCGAUAUCCAGUAUGCCGACAUUGACAAUGGCUACAACUUCACCAAGACCAGGAUGAGGUACUACAGAAACAGUCUGUCAUUGCUUCAAGGAGCCAUGCGGGAGUGGGCGGCAGAGCGCGUGGCCCCCCAGUUCAUCCUCCAGCUGGGGGACAUCAUAGACGGUUAUAACGUCACGUACAAGUCGUCCGAGGCGUCGCUAGAAAAGGUCCUGACAGAGAUGGACAGACUGAAGACCCCUGUGCACCACAUCUGGGGGAACCACGAGUUCUACAACUUCAGCCGGAAGCAGUUAAUGGAGUCCAGACUGAACAGCUCCAGGCUGCAGGGUACAUCGACGACAUCCCCUGAAGAUGGCGCAGACCCCCUGGACUUGUUUUACGCCUAUCACUUCAGUCCUUACCCCAAAUUUCGACUGCUUCUAAUUGACUCUUAUGACUUCAGCGUCAUUGGCCGAGAUCCGUCCAGCGAUAAGUACUUGAAGUCCUCAAAGCUGCUGAGACAGAAGAAUCCGAACGAGGACAAGAACAGUCCAACAGGUCUCUCGGAAACUCGGUUUGUGCAGUUUAAUGGAGGGAUCAGCGCGGCUCAGCUCAGCUGGAUUAAUGGCGUCCUCCAGACCUCUGAUAAAAACAAUGAGAAGGUGAUAGUUGCAGGUCAUCUCCCCGUCCAUCCCGCCUCCACAGAUCCUAUAUGUCUAACCUGGAACUAUGCGGAGGUCCUAGCGGUUCUUCAGUCCCAUCCUUGUGUUGUGGCUUACUUCUCUGGCCAUGAUCAUGAUGGCGGCUACUUUCAGGACCAGUGCGGGAUCCACCACCUAACCUUUAAUGGCAUCAUCGAAACUCCUCCCGAGAGUCAGGCGUUUGGCACCAUGUAUAUUUGUGAAGACAAGAUGGUCCUGAGAGGCCGAGGCCUCAUCCCUGACAGAACACUGCUCUACAGGGCCCCCUAGUGGAGGAGGGAGGAAUCUACUGACCAGGACAGAUGGACGGAUUUUAGAUCUAUGUAAUAUAUGUCUACAGCUCAUACAUGUAACAUAUACACCGUGUAAUAUAUACUGUCAGAUAUAUGAUCUAUUUUCACAUAAAACAUAUAGAUAUACUUUCCAUGACUUCCCUGUAAUACGGACGAUCAGUCACAUGGGGGCA